AUGGCUGUGGUUCAGUUUGGUGCAGAGGAUGAGGCCCACAUCUCGAAACCCGUCAGACGAAUGCGAUGGGCCACCCAACGCCAUGCCGGUGCCGGUGGAUCGCGAAAAAGACGAUCUAUAUUGGACAGGUUACACCAUGGCACCGGCUUAAAGGAAGAAAAACGGAAAUCAGCCGCCAGCUCUCCGCCCCACAGCGACGGAUCGACGGUAGAUGAAGGCUCGGUUGACAGCUCAAACCUCAGGAGGGUAUUUUGCAACGUACCGCUUCCCGAUGAUGCAAAGGAUGAGGACGGCCGUCUCCUAGCCAAAUAUUCGCGGAACAAGAUAAGAACGGCAAAAUAUACUCCAUUAAGUUUUGUUCCAAAGAAUUUGUGGUUUCAGUUUCAUAAUAUUGCAAAUAUUUACUUCUUGUUCACUAUUAUUCUAGCUAUUUUCCCUAUUUUCGGCGCCACCAACCCUGGAUUGAGCGCGGUACCCCUGAUUUCCAUUUUGACAGUUACGGCCAUUAAAGAUGCUAUUGAAGAUUGGAGACGGACCGUGCUGGAUAAUGAAUUGAAUAAUUCUCCAAUACAUCGUUUGGUGGAGUGGAAUAAUGUUAACUCAGUUGAAGAAAAUGUGUCUCUGUGGCGUCGGGCCAAGAAGUCGACAACCAAGACAGUAGUGAAGACUUGGAAGAAAUUAAACGCUCUAAGGAAAGGCAUACCGCUGGAGGACAUUGAAGAUGACAUCCUCGCGGGACAACGCCCGUCCAUAGAGACCCGUCGCACGCAGAGAAACUCCACUUACUCAUACAGAGUAUCGUUCCAAUCAAACAAUAAUGAGCCCAUUGAGGAAGGAGGCGCCAUUCAGAUGACUCCCGUCCCGUCACCUAAUGUGGACCGAUUCAAUUCGCAGCAGGAGGGACAAUCUCUAGCCGUUCCAAGAUCUUCAACGGACUACUUAUCCCCGGAUCCACAUCGUAAAUUCGAUCUCCUACACUCCGCCCGCGAUUAUGGAAGCGUGUUGAAUAAGGCAAGACGGACACCCCAAGUAGCAAGAUUCAAGCGCGAUUUCUGGAAAAACGUUCAAGUCGGUGAUUUCGUCCGUAUUUACAACGAAGAACAGAUUCCCGCCGAUGUCGUCGUGUUUUCCACCUCCGACCCAGAUGGUGCCUGUUACGUCGAAACGAAAAACCUUGACGGAGAAACGAAUCUUAAGGUACGGCAGGCGCUUCAUUGUACCCGCUCUGUUAAGCAUGCGAGAGAUUGUGAGAAGGCCGAAUUUACGAUUGAAAGUGAACCUCCUCACCCAAAUCUGUAUGAAUACAAUGGAGCUAUCAAGUGGAAUAAGCACGAUCCGAAGUUCCCCGAUCAACCCGGUCGAGAAAUGGUGGAACCUAUCACCAUCAACAACAUCCUCCUCCGUGGCUGUAGCUUGCAGAAUACUGAAUGGGUUUUAGGCAUGGUGAUUUUCACUGGUCUUCAGACAAAGAUCAUGCUCAAUUCUGGCGCGACACCGACUAAACGGGCCAAGCUUGCCAGAGAUCUGAACUGGAACGUCAUCUAUAACUUUAUCAUUCUGUUCUUUAUGUGUCUUGUUUCUGGAAUCGUUCAGGGUGUCACGUGGGGUCAGGGAAACAAUUCUUUGAAUUUCUUCGAAUUUGGAUCGUAUGGAGGUUCGCCGCCGGUCGAUGGGUUUGUCACGUUCUGGGCAGCUGUUAUUCUCUACCAGAAUCUCGUCCCAAUCUCACUCUACAUAUCGCUAGAAAUUGUUCGAACUGCACAGGCCAUCUUCAUCCACAGUGACAACUUCAUGUAUUACGAUAAACUAGAAUACCCUUGCACGCCAAAGUCAUGGAAUAUAUCGGAUGACCUGGGGCAGAUUGAGUAUAUCUUCUCAGAUAAAACCGGGACUCUGACUCAGAAUGUGAUGGAAUUCAGGAAAUGCACUAUCAACGGCGUGGUCUAUGGCGAAGCAUACACCGAAGCAAUGGCUGGCAUGCAGCGCCGUGAGGGUAUCAAUGUCGAGGAAGUUUCUAAAAAGGCUCAGGAAAAUAUCGCCAAAUCUCGAGUUAUGAUGCUUCAACAGCUCCGUUCUAUCCACAACAACCCAUAUCUCCAUGACGACAAACUAACUUUUGUAUCUCCCGAUUUUGUUUCUGAUCUUGCUGGAAAUGCUGGUGAGAAGCAACAAGCCGCUAACGAUCAUUUCAUGCUUGCUCUGGCUCUGUGCCAUACAGUCAUAACAGAGCGUACUCCAGGUGACCCUCCUAAGAUUGAGUUCAAAGCCCAAUCUCCUGACGAGGCAGCAUUGGUUGCCACCGCACGAGACUGCGGCUUCACAGUGUUGGGACGAUCAGGUGACGACAUCCGGUUAAACGUUAUGGGUGAAGAACGCUCGUAUACAGUUCUGAACACGCUGGAAUUCAACUCAUCGAGAAAACGAAUGAGCGCGAUUAUCCGGAUGCCGGAUGGGAAGAUCUUAUUGUUCUGCAAGGGCGCAGAUAGUAUAAUUUAUUCUCGUUUGGCUCGUGGGCAGCAGCAACAACUUCGAAAGGAGACAGCAAAACAUCUUGAGAUGUUUGCCAGGGAAGGUCUACGGACAUUGUGUAUCGCAGAGAGAGAGCUUAGCGAGGAGGAGUACCAAGCAUGGAAUAAGACUCAUGACUUGGCUGCCCAGUCACUCACAGACCGGGAGAUAAAGCUCGAGGAAGUCUCCAGUGCUAUUGAGCAGGAACUUACUCUUCUUGGCGGCACAGCUAUUGAGGAUAGAUUGCAGGACGGCGUCCCCGAUACAAUCUCCCUCCUGGCAAGGGCUGGAAUUAAACUCUGGGUCCUAACGGGUGAUAAGGUCGAGACUGCCAUCAACAUCGGAUUUUCCUGCAAUCUGUUAUGCAACGAGAUGGAACUGAUAGUCUUCAAUAUCGAUAAGGAUGACCAAGACGCCGCUGAAUUUGAGCUUGACAAGAAUUUGAGGACAUUCGGCCUGACGGGUUCCGACGAAGAACUUGUCGCUGCUCAAAACAAUCAUGAGCCCCCGGCUCCAACGCAUGCCCUCAUUAUUGACGGGGACACCCUUCAGCUCAUGUUAAGUCCUGAGCUGAAGCAAAAAUUCCUCCUGUUGUGUAAGCAAUGUAAAUCUGUUCUGUGCUGCAGGGUUAGCCCUGCUCAGAAAGCGGCUGUUGUACAAAUGGUGAAGACCGGGUUGCAUGUUAUGGCUCUUGCUAUUGGAGAUGGUGCCAAUGAUGUUGCCAUGAUUCAAGAAGCGGAUGUGGGAGUUGGUAUUGCUGGUGAGGAAGGUCGACAGGCUGUCAUGUCGUCAGACUAUGCGAUUGGCCAGUUCCGAUUUCUGCAGCGUCUCGUCCUAGUGCAUGGAAGAUGGUCCUAUCGAAGACUUGGGGAGACUAUUGCCAAUUUCUUCUACAAGAAUCUUGUGUGGACCUUUGCUCUCUUCUGGUACUCGAUCUACAACAAUUUCGAUGGUUCCUAUCUGUUCGACUUUACGUAUAUUAUCUUGGUCAACUUGGCGUUUACAUCUCUCCCUGUGAUAUUGAUGGGCAUUUUGGAUCAGGAUGUGGACGAUAAGGUCUCCCUCGCGGUUCCACAGUUGUAUAAGACCGGUAUUGAGCAGAAGGAAUGGACACAAAAGAAGUUCUGGCUCUACAUGCUGGACGGGUUCUACCAGUCUAUCAUAUGCUUCUUCAUGACCUUCUUACUUUAUCGUCCUGCCUCCGGAGUCACAGAAAACGGACUUGACCUUAGUGACCGGAUGCGAAUGGGUGUCUUUGUGGCUUGCUCUGCUGUCCUAGCGAGUAACUCCUACAUCCUAUUAAACACCUACCGCUGGGAUUGGUUGACUGUUCUUAUUAAUGCCAUCAGUUCCCUUCUCUUCUUUUUCUGGACAGGUGUUUACACCUCGGUUGAAUCCUCCGGCCAGUUCUACAAAGCCGCCUUGGAAGUAUUCGACACACUUUCCUUCUGGGCAUUAACAUUGUUAACAUUGACAGUGUGUCUAUCUCCUCGAUUCACGAUUAAAUCACUCCAGAAAAUAUACUUCCCAAGGGACGUGGACAUCAUUCGCGAGCAGAUAGUGCAGGGCAAAUUCAAGUAUCUAGAUGAAUAUGAGGCGUACGUCCCUCCUGCAGCGGCUGACUUAUCUCCCGCAUCCACAGACGUGGAUAAACCCAUUGACCUCUCGACAAAGCGACCAAUACCCAUGUCUGAGGAUGAGCGCCCCAUCUACCCACCCUCUGUCGCUCCCACCGCGGCAACCCACAACCCAAGGAGCCAGAAUGGAAGCGACGGAACCGGCGUGUCGAGCCUCGAAUUCCGACACCAGCAACGGGUCUCGCUGGAACGUGGGCCUCUGGACCAAAGGUCCUCGUAUCAACGGGUUCAACGGUCAAUGGAUAGAGCUAGGCAUAGCUUUGAGGCCAGCAAUGAUUUCACGUCCGCGGCCAUGUUAACUCGGAUGGAGUCGACUCAAACAAAACCCUAG